AUGGGACAUUAUGGCAAAGUGUGCAGAAACGCUGCAAAAUCUCUGAAUGCUGUCACUACAGAAGAUGAAGAGAGUUUCUUUUUGGGAGCCGUGGACGCUGGAAAAGACCCGUGGACAGUGCAGCUACAAGUAAGACAAAAAAAUGUGUGCUUUAAAAUUGACACUGGUGCUGAUGUCACCGCCCUGCCAGCCGAGGUGUACUAUGACAUUACAGGGGGAUCUGAUGUGAAGCGCCUGGCAAUGUCGACACGCCCAUUGUUUGGGCCAGGUGGCAAUGUGCUCUCUGUCCUAGGUGUAGCCAGAGAAACACUGCGCAGAGGCAAAAAGACAGCCACAGAGGACAUUUAUGUUGUAAAAGACCUACACACUCUAUUGCUGGGAAGGCCUGCUAUAGAACAGCUUCAGCUUGUGUGCAGGGUUGACAGCAUCACCAUGGAAUCUGUGAAACAACAGUAUCCGAAGCUGUGUAGCGGCCUGGGUCUUGUUCGGAGGCCAUACUCAAUCAAAUUAAAGCCAGAGGCUGUGCCCUUCUCUCUACACGCACCACGCAGAGUCCCUCUGCCGCUUAUGGGAAAAGUGAAGGAGGAGAUUGACCGUAUGGAGAGGAUGGGCGUAAUCACAAAGAUUGAGGAGCCGACUGCUUGGUGCGCCGGGAUGGUGGUGGUGCCGAAAAAAGCAGGUACUGUCCGCAUUUGUGUGGAUUUCAGAAGGAUGAAUGAAUCAGUUUGCAGAGAAAAGUUUAUCCUGCCUUCUGUUGAACACACUCUGGGCAUGCUAGCUGGCGCAACAGUAUUUAGCAAAUUAGAUGCCAAUAUGGGUUUUUGGCAAGUACCAUUGACAAAAGAGUCUGCCAAAUACACCACCUUCAUCACGCCUUUUGGGCGCUAUUAUUUCAACCAGCUACCCUUUGGCAUAGCUUCAGCCCCCGAGCACUUUCAAAGGAUGAUGAUGACAGAAGUGACAGGUGGCCUGGAGGGAGUAUUGUGUCACAUGGAUGACAUCCUGGUCUGGGGACAGACGCAGGACGAGCAUGAUGUGCGGCUACAUAAGGUGUUAGAGAAGGCACAAAAGGCCGGCAUUACACUCAACAUGGACAAAUGCGAGCUCACACGCCAUACAGUCAAAUUCCUGGGUCAUGUGAUUUCAGCAGAUGGAGUGAAGCCAGAUCCGGAGAAGACGAGAGCUGUGCAGGAGAUGGACGCACCCAAAAAUGUCAGCGAACUUAGAAGUUUUCUGGGCAUGGUCAAUCAGCUGGGCCGCUUCUUGCCUAACCUGGCCGAAAAAGACAAGGUGCUAAGAGACCUGCUGUCCAAAAAGAACCACUGGUACUGGGGGACAGAACAGCAGGCCUUCUUUGACCAGUUGAAAACAGAGCUGUCAUCCACACCAGUGCUUGCACUAUACAACCCAAACAGUGCACUAAAAAUCUCGGCUGAUGCCUCUUCCUUUGGCCUGGGUGCAGUCCUGUUGCAGAAGAGCGAUGCCAGGUGGUCACCUGUGGCAUAUGCGUCCAGGUCAAUGACACCAACAGAGCAGCGCUAUGCUCAAGUAGAGAAGGAGGCACUAGCUGUAACGUGGGCUUGUGAAAGGUUCAGCUGUUUCAUCCUGGGAAGACCAUUUGAGCUGGAAACGGACCAUAAGCCGUUAGUGAGUCUGCUGGGCGGGAAGGCCCUGGAUGACCUCCCACCAAGAAUCCAAAGAUUUAAAAUGCGACUCAUGAGGUACAAUUAUUCAGUCAAUCAUGUCCCUGGCAAAAGCCUGUGGACAGCCGACACCUUGUCGCGUGCUCCUCUAAGAACCGCAAGAGCACACACAGAUACAAGCCUACUAGAGGACACCAACAUCUAUGUAGACUCUAUCAUCAGCAACAUUCCUGUCAGUGGAGAUUAUCUGAGCAGCUUACGAGAGCACCUAAAGGCAGACAGCACAUGCUCUGCACUGAUGGAGUACUGCACAGACGGCUGGCCUGACAAAAGCCAAUUGCAGGGAGUGCUGAGACAUUACUGGCCUGAUAGAGCAGUGCUGACUGUGCAUGAUGGACUGCUGCUGCGGGGCACAAGGCUUGUCAUCCCAUUCGCCUUACAAGGGGAUGUGCUGCACAGACUACAUGAGGGACACCUGGGGGUGACAAAAUGUAGAGGCCGGGCCAAACAGACAGUAUGGUGGCCAGGGCUCAGUAGCCAGCUAAAUGACAUGGUACUGAAAUGUAGAACCUGCAUUCAGGAGAGAAAGAACGUCAAAGAGCCGUUGAUACCAACGAUGCCGGACAGGCCUUGGCAAACUUUGGGAGCUGACCUGUUCAUGCUGAAAGGCAAGACCUAUCUACUAGUAGUAGAUUAUUUUUCAAGGUAUGUGGAAAUUGCCCUGCUGUCACCCACAAGGUCCACAGAUGUGGUGGUGCACCUGAAAUCCAUAUUUUCUCGUCAUGGGAUUUGUGAAUUCCUUAAAAGUGACAAUGGCCCCCAGUUCUCUGGUAGCCACUUUAAAGCCUUUGUAGCAGACUAUGGCUUUGUGCACAUCACGAGCAGCCCCAAGUUUCCCCAAAGCAAUGGGGAGGCGGAACGCGCUGUACAAACUGUGAAAAACCUGCUAACCAAGGCAUCAGACCCAUACCUUGCUUUGCUGGCCUACAGAGCAACCCAUCUACAGAACGGCUAUAGCCCAGCCAAGCUGUUGAUGGGGCGGCGCCUCUGCACUACAGUUCCUGCCCUCCCAACCCUGCUGAAUCCAGUUCUGACCGACUACAACGUGCUGGAGGCCAAAGAAAGGGAAAAGAGGGGGAACGACGCAAAAUUCUUCAACAAGAGACACGGCGCAAGAAAUCUAGAGCCACUCGUACCUGGGGAGGAUGUGUGGAUCACCGAUGCACGAGUCCAGGGCACUGUGCUAUCUACACACACAACCCCCUCGCUCUUAUAUCGUCCAGGUGCCUCAGGGGACACUGAGGAGUAA